GUAAGUAAUGACCGGUGCUGAUUUCUUCUGAUUAUCUGACUACUCCAAGGUAUUUGAUUUAUUCAGCUCACCAGCUACAAUAUUUGAAAAGCAGUAUGCCGCCAAUCAGAAGACCAAACAUUGGUUCACGCAGCCGUAGUGCACGAAAAAUAGCAAUUCUCUGUGCAACUAGAAGCUUUGAGCAAAACACUGCAGCAAAUGACCAGCUUCGGGAACGGAUGACGAGAAUUCGUGCACGACGAACUCAGGUGGAAGCAGAAGCACAGGUGAAUGCUGGACCGCAGGACGAACACAAUUUGAUAUCUAACGCCAAUCGCCGAAGAACAAAAAGCGCUUUGAACAUCCAAUUGCAUCGCGCUGCGUUCCAAUAUGACUGCACAACAGACUACAGCAAACUGCCAUGCGUUACUAUUGGACCCAUGGAUUUGGCAUGCCAACAUUGCAAUGCUCUGAAAUUUCACUCGGAAACAGCAGGAUUCUGUUGUGCAGGUGGCAAAGUGAAGUUGCCACCACUGGCUCAACCACCAGAACCAUUGCUAUCAUUGUUGACUCAAGACUCGCUGGAAGCAAAACAUUUUUUAACGAAUGUUCAUAAGUAUAAUAGCUGCUUUCAAAUGACGUCUUUCGGAGCGAAUAUCGUUGAAGAAAGUGGAUUCAACCCAACGUUUAAGAUUCAAGGUCAAAUUCACCAUAGAACAGGAUCGUUAUUGCCACCGAUAAAUGAAGAUCAUAAAUUCCUUCAAAUAUAUUUCGUUGGAAAUUAUGAAACAGAAAUUGAUAAGCGUUGUGCCAUCAACCGUGCUAUGAAGCGUCACAUCAUUGAAGAACUACAAGAACUUCUCCACGAACAUAACGCUUUGAUUCGGCUAUUUAAAACGGCCUUGCAGGUUAUGCCUUCUGAUGAUCAUAGAAUUGUCAUCAGAGCAGAUAAACGUCCAACUGAAAGUCAUGAACGGCAAUUUAAUGCACCUACUAUGGAUGAAAUAGCUGUUGUGAUUUCUGGGGAAAACGCAGAAUCCCGUGAUAUCGUUCUAAAACGCACUGAUGGCCAAUUGCAACGUGUCUAUGAAACCCAUCGUUCGUACGACUCAUUGCAAUAUCCACUUAUGUUCUGCUAUGGAGAGGAUGGAUAUCAUUUCCAAAUAAGAAUGAUUAAUCCAUCGACAGGCGAAGAAUCAAACAAGAAGGUCAGUUCAAUGAAUUUCUACUCAUACCGAUUGAUGAUAAGGAAGGAUAGUGAUAAUCAUUUACUGCGAUAUCGUCGACUGUUUCAACAGUAUGCGGUGGACAUGUACGUCAAAAUUGAGACUGAGCGCUUGAACUUCAUAAAAUUCAAUCAAGUCAAACUGCGGUCCGAGGUGUACGUUCAUUUGCGAGAUGCAAUAAGUUCAGAUGGGAAUGUCCACGAUAUUUGUCGAUUGACAAUUCUUCCAUCCACUUAUGUCGGAAGUCCACGAUAUAUGCAAGAACAUUCCCAAGAUGCCAUGACGUAUGUGAGACAUUACGGCCGCCCAGACCUUUUCAUAACGUUUACAUGUAACCCGAAAUGGACGGAAAUAUCUCAGUUCUUACUACCCGGCCAGACAUCGAGCGAUAGGCAUGAUAUUACCGCACGGGUAUUCCGGCAGAAGCAAAAAUGUCUCAUGGAUUUCAUUGUUAAGCAGAGGGUGUUUGGCGAAGUGAGAUGCUGGAUGUACUCCAUCGAAUGGCAGAAACGAGGUCUUCCGCAUUCACAUACGCUUAUAUGGUUGGUUAGUUGA